GUGCCGCGUUUUAUCGGUGCGUUUUAGACGCCAGGCUGUCGUCUGCGCGUCGUGUCGUGCUCACGGACGCUCGCUUCUGCCUCCACUAUGAAUUGUUUCGCUUUUACUAUCAGCGUCAUGUUUGUUGUAGUACGCGAUCUGCGCUCGAUUAGUUCCCCCUCGAUUCGCGCUGACUGACAGCGGCGCUGGGCAUGAAUUGACUCCGCGUCCGGAGGGCUGGAAAUUACCCGCGUUUCUCAGUUUAGACGCCGUGACCGCGAACAAAACCGCUCCCCGGGACGGUUCGGGGUCCCCUGCUGCCCGUCGAGGUCUUUGUAGCGGCCGUGGGGCGUUAAAAUGGGCAGUUUUGUCGAGAGACGGAGGCGCGUGCAGUGAGCGAGCAAGCGGGGCUGUUUUGCGCUCUAACUUAUUUCCGUGUGCGCGGAAAAGGAGCGAAGGAGGAGAGAAAGACGGAAAAAACCGCACAGAAUCGCCGCGAAUCCUGCACACACGCACCUUUUACGGUGGAGGAGAAAUGCUGGGAGCGGUGUAGGAAAUCUGGGCUGUUACAACGCGGAGAAAAAGAAAAGCAGGACUUUGAUCGUGUCUGCUGGUCAUGAAUCAGUGGUAGAGGAGUAGAAGAGACACGGGCGGCCGGAUCCAUCCACCACUUCGGUUAAAGGUAGAUCAGAUAAAUGCCGGCGCUGGCGGAAGAGGGUGAGCAGCGGGUGGUCUCCAGACAUUCAGUCUAGCUCAACAUGCCCUCGUCCACGCGGAAAGGAGCGCUGAAGGACCCCGAGCUCGCCAGCCUCUUCUUCAAAGAUGACCCGGAAGAAGUCUUCUGUGACCUCCAUGAGAUCGGCCAUGGGAGCUUCGGCGCAGUUUACUUCGCCCGAAACUCCUACUCCAACGAGGUGGUGGCCAUUAAGAAGAUGUCCUAUAAUGGCAAACAGACCACAGAGAAGUGGCAGGACAUCAUUAAGGAGGUUAAGUUUUUGGAACAGCUGAGACACCCAAACACCAUCGAGUACAAAGGCUGCUACCUGAAGGACAACACUGCCUGGCUGGUCAUGGAAUACUGUUUAGGCUCCGCCUCUGAUUUGUUAGAAGUUCAUAAGAAACCGCUCCAAGAGGUUGAAAUUGCUGCCAUUACCCACGGUGCCUUGCUAGGACUGGCUUACCUGCAUUCCCACAACAUGAUCCACAGAGAUGUUAAAGCAGGCAACAUCCUCCUUACUGAGCCUGGUCAGGUCAAACUGGCUGACUUUGGCUCCGCCUCCAUGAGCUCUCCUGCCAACUCUUUUGUUGGGACCCCUUACUGGAUGGCUCCAGAGGUGAUUUUAGCCAUGGAUGAGGGCCAGUAUGAAGGAAAGGUGGACAUCUGGUCUCUGGGGAUUACCUGCAUUGAGCUGGCCGAGCGCAAGCCUCCUCUCUUCAACAUGAAUGCUAUGAGUGCCUUAUAUCACAUUGCUCAGAACGAUUCCCCCACACUGCAGUCCAAUGAGUGGUCGGACGCGUUCCGGAGCUUCGUUGACUACUGCCUACUAAAGAUACCUCAGGACAGACCCUCCUCAGCAGAACUACUGAGGCAUGACUUUGUGCGUCGAGAGCGCCCCCCACGGGUCCUUGUGGACCUCAUCCAAAGGACAAAAGAUGCCGUCCGGGAGCUGGACAACCUACAGUACCGGAAGAUGAAGAAAAUUCUCUACCAGGAGAAACACAAUGGACCAAUGGGAGAGUCGCAAGAGGAGGAGGAGGAUGGUGAUCAGGCUGGCUGUAAGGCUAACAGUCUGGGCAGUAAUCACUCAGUGCCGAGUACGUCGGUCAGUACGGGCAGUCAGAGCAGCAGCAUCAACAGCCUGCAGGAGUGUCCUGAAGACUCCUGCUCUGAUAUGGCCCUCAUGCACCCUGAGUACGACAGCACUCUCGAGUCUUCCACACACCAUAAAAAGGAUCAUCAGUAUAUCCGUGACGAUGGGGGUCAUCGAGACCACCGCUCUGACCCUCGACCUUCACCGUCGGACAGAGCUCAGGCCCGGAACUAUAGGAAUCGCGAACGCUUCGCCACCAUCAAGUCCGCCUCUCUGGUGACACGUCAGAUCCAUGAACAUGAGCAGGAGAAUGAGCUCCGAGAGCAGAUGUCUGGCUACAAGCGCAUGAGACGGCAACACCAGAAGCAGCUGAUCGCUCUGGAGAACAAGCUGAAGGCCGAGAUGGACGAGCAUCGGCUGAAGCUCCAGAAAGAAGUGGAGACGCAGGCCAACAAUGCCUACAUCGAGCUGGAGAAACUGGCCAAGAAGCACGCCAUCCACACAGAUAAGGAGAUGAAGAUGGCUGCAGCAGAUGAGAAGAAGUUCCAGCAGCAGAUCAUGGCCCAGCAGAAAAAGGAGCUGACCACUUUCUUGGACAACCAGAAGAAACAAUAUAAACUCUGCAAGGAGAAGAUCAAAGAGGAGAUGAAUGAGGACCACAGCACUCCUAAGAAGGAGAAGCAGGAGCGCCUGUCCAAGCAUAAGGAGAACAUGCAGCACUCUCAGGCAGAAGAGGAGGCCCAGCUUCUGGGCCAACAGCGUCUCUUUUAUGACCGCAACUGCAGGGCCUUCAAGCGCAAGGUCAUGACCAAGAGACAUGAGCUUGAACAGGAGCAGUUACGAGAGGAGUUGAAUAAGAAGAAGACGCAGAAGGAGAUGGAGCAUGCCAUGCUGAUCAGGCAUGACGAGUCGACUCAGGAGCUGGAGCACCGGCAGCUGAAGACCCUGCAGAAACUGCGCAUGGAUCUGAUCCGCCUGCAGCACCAGACUGAACUGGAGAACCAGAUCGAGUACAACAACCGCCGUGAGAGGGAGCUGCACCGAAAACACGUACUGGAGCUGCGGCAGCAGCCCAAAAACCUCAAGGCCAUGGAGCUGCAGAUAAAGAAGCAGUUCCAAGACACGUGCAAGGUCCAGACGAAGCAGUACAAGGCCCUGCGGCACCACCAGCUGGAGGUGACCCCCAAGAGCGAACACAAGACCGUGCUGAAGGCGCUGAAGGAGGAGCAGACGCGCAAACUGGCCAUCCUGGCCGAGCAGUACGAGCAGAGCAUCAACGAGAUGAUGGCCUCUCAGGCGCUGCGUCUGGAUGAGGCUCAGGAGGCGGAGUGCCAGGCUCUGCGGCAUCAGCUGCAGCAGGAGAUGGAGCUGCUGAACGCCUACCAGAGUAAAAUAAAGAUGCAGACGGAGGCGCAACACGAGCGAGAGCAGCAGAAGCUCGAGCAGAAAGUGUCGCUGCGCAGGGCUCACCUGGAACAAAAGAUUGAAGAGGAGCUGGCUUCUCUUCAGAAAGAGCGCACAGACCGGAUCAAACACCUUCUGGAAAGGCAGGAGAGGGAGAUGGACGCCUUCGACAUGGAGAGCCUGCGCAUGGGCUUCGGAAACCUGGGCGCCUUGGACUACCCUAAAGACGACUACAGAUGAGACCUGACCGAUUAUGCCUAAUUUUUUUCUUUCUUUUUUUUUUUUUUGAAAAGCCCUUCGUCCUCCACUGUUUAAAAGGACACAUGCAGGUUUUUUUUGUUUUUUUUUUUACUACUGACAAACAAAUCAAACCCUCCACUUUUCCGGACUAGUGCCUGCACAGGCCUUCUUUUGCAACAGGCCCCCUCCUCUUGUCAACAUGCUGGAUAACUGCUGUAGUUAUCUUUUCAUAUAUAUAUAUAUAUAUAUAUAUAUAUAUAUAUAUAGCUAUAUAGCUAUAUAAGUAUUACAUAUAAGAGAACGAAAAACAAUGUCACAGUGUUGAUGUCAGUGAUUUUUCUCGUGCAAUGAUAACACUUGAUGUGAUUGAAAUAGAAAUUUAGAGAGGAAGCAAAGCAAUAUGGAUGUGUGUAUGUGGGAGGGGGGUUGUAUUGCUACUGUUAUCUGUUCACAAUGUUUUUUUUAAAUCUGAUGUUUUCCCGGGUGGAGUGAAGAGCAAGAUUUUUUUUUUUUUUGCGCAGUCUUAGACAUAUUGCUGCUGAGUCUCUCCAUUUGGUAUUUAUUCAUCUGAAAGAAAUAGACAAAAUUUUCACAUAUUGAACAAAUUUGAUAAUGUUUUAAAUGUUCAUUUGAUGUACAUACUUGAUAGCUGCAUCUGUGAGCCAGAGAUUCUUACGGUGGGUUAAUUCAGGGUUUCUUUUGAGGGAACCCCACUCUGUUCCUCUGUAUAAUAAUCAGCCUCAACUGAGGUCAGCAAUGUGAAUCCUUGCUCCUGGUACUAGAACAAAGGGCUCUGGGGAAAGGGUACGUGUAUUUUAUGUGUAGAAGGCUUUAUGGAGAACUUCGACUUAUUUUCCUAUUGUAUUUUAACUUCAAUUUUUUUAUGAUGUUGACCGAUUGACCACACCCACCAAACUCUUUCAGUAAAAUCAUGUCUUGGACUAUAUUUGAAAACUUUGGGUUUUUUUUUUUGCUUUCUCAAGCUGUGCAUUUUUCUUACAAGAUUCAAAAACUCUGUGAAUAAUAAAAAAAUAUGCUUUACAGUUUGCAUGCACUUUAAUUUUUUUUGUUUGUUUUCAGGUUGAGGAUAGGCAUGAUUUGUCAUAAAUGCUUUUAAUUAUUGUAAAUAAAGUGCCCACCACACAAGGUGUAGUCUGGCUGUAGUUUUUAAUAUCAGGGACACCAUUUUUCCAUUAUUCCUGACAUGUCCUAUACAAACAAUGAAUCAUCGUAUCACCCUGGUGCACAAAAUUAGAUCUGUAUCCAUAGGAACAAGGUAUGGUGCAGGAAGUGCAGGAACAGCAGUGAAGCAAAGGUGAGAUGUGAAUCAGAGUUGAGAUCGAAUCAAAUUGAUGAGCUUUAGUAAAGCAUUAGCACAUGAUCAGGUGAUAAUGGAACUGCAACACUGUUAAACUCCC